AUUUAUCACGUAUAGCCGCUCAGAAUGCUACAGCCUGCCUCAUGUCCUAGGCUUCCUCUGUUUCAGUCUAGCGCUCAAACGGCCACAUCGGAAGCGCUGUCGCAUUCUGAACACCUCGGGUUCUCCUAGUUGACAACCUUCAUCUUGUUUGUCACCCCCAUGUUGAUAUCUCAGCCACUGAAGUCCGAUGGUUCACUCGCUUCCAUGCAGGAGGGCAGGGUAUAUCUGCAACAUCCGGAAUCUUCAUCUAGCCUUCACCCUCGCGGCCAAGACUCGAGUCUCGCAAUUACCAGACUUCCUAGAGAGAUUCUCGAGAGCAUCUUCGAGGACUGCCUACCCCAGGAAGGCUGGUGCAAACCGUACGCCGGCGAGAUGCCACUCGUGUUAGGGCGUGUAUGUGGCACGUGGCGACAUGUGGUGCACACGACUCCACGGAUGUGGACAUCGCUCACGCUCAGCCUAUCACCGGAUAUAUGGUAUGAGGUGGACGAAGAUCUCGUAUCGGUUGCACACGCCGCAAGACUCGUCUGUAUCCUCCAUUCUUGGCUCGAUCGCGCGAAUGAACAUUCCAUCCGCCUCAAUCUAUCGGAUGAGCAUCCUAUGGACGUUGAUACAAUCCUUCCAAUAGCAGAACUGCUCUGCAGUAAUGCUCAUAGGUGGCGCAGUCUACAUUUGCUCGUUGACGACAUGCCUUCCUUCUCCCUCUUUUUCGAGACUGUCCUCAUGUCAAACCUUCCUGCGCUUACCGAGGCCAGCAUGCGGGUUCGCACCGGACCUGUCGGGGAACACUGGCACUCUGAUGUCCAACGCAUUUCCUCAUCAAACCUUUCCCACCUCAUCUCGUUCUCUUGGGACAUCCCGGUAGCUCCCGCAAGAUCGUUGACAAAGGCAGGAUGGGGCCGACUCACAGAGCUUUCCCUCUUCUACAAUCUCGGCCCUCACGAUUCAUGGCAAGAACUUGGGCACAAUUUCGAUCAUAGUAUCUUCAAGGUUCUUCGGCACACCAAAAGUCUCGCCACUCUCAACAUUGGAAUAGCCGACAAUCAGCCAUAUAUCGAGAACCCACGCACGGUUUUGCCGCUCCUCUCAACCCUACGCUUGCGUCGUCGUAGCGUAAGGGCAAAAGUCGGUAACGCGGCUAGCCGUUUCUCCUUCCCCAUGCUCCGCCGCCUGGAGAUUGAUAGCGAUCCGGCGUUGUUGGCCUCGGGACCCGAGUUAGGCUCAUAUCACUGGGUUCAGGAUGCGCUGAAGGGGCUACUCUCACGCCCUGGAUGUGCUCUACAGGCUCUGAGCCUGUGUGAUACCCAUAUCACGGAAGAAGGCAUUGUGGAGAUCCUCGACCGUUGCCCUGAGCUGAAGGAGCUCGCUCUCGUCAAGAACACUGGUUGGUCGGAGAGGUCGGCCGUUCUUUACUACCUGCUAGGCAGGCUCAAGAACAGAGAGUGGAUCCCCCAUCUGGAAACGCUCAGGAUCGGUACCCCGCUGAACUUCUGCACUCCCCUUCGCAGCAUAGUCGAUGUCGCGGGUGCGCGGAGAGAUGUCCUUCGAGAUGUGGUAGUCACAUUGACCCAUCCAGAAGGCGAGGGCGAGGAUCAGUACGACGAUGUCGUCGAGUUUAUGACUAACUUGGAUCGGCUGUCAGAACACAACCUACUCAGGUCAACCGUCACUGUGUCCGUUAGCGCGGGGAUUUCUCGUCCUCCAUAUGAAGAUGGGGUAGCUAGUGGCUCCACCUUUUACAAGAACAUGACGAUUGAAAACCAACAAAAGGCGAACAUGUGUAUAUCCGAGAAAGACGGGACACACAGCCCGGUCGGAGUUGCAUACGUUUCAGUUGCAAGGCAGCUCCGCACUUGCGACGUCAAUCACAGCUGCGUCGCUCUCACGGAGGCACCAUCUGACACUAACAACGAUGCGUGGUACUGGUGCAACUACCUAUGGGAUCUUCACUCCGAGGGCAUGGCGUAUACAUCGAUAGGAACGCUCGUGGUAUACGACUGGAUCAUAUUUCUCGAUCAAGAGAUCCAUUUCAUAUGGAAACGAAAGUGGAAUCUGGUGAAAGUGCUGUACAUUGCCCUCAGGGUUGUUGGGGCAAUAUACGGAAUCACCAAUGUCUUCAACUACGCGCCUAUUCAUGUUUCUGAUACAGUCUGUAUCGCCUUUGCAUGGAUAAUACCUGGAAGCGAGGCGCUAGGUUUCUCUGUCCUCCAAGCUACUGACAGGCAAAAUCUUGGAUACCCUGGUUUCUGUCUUGCCCGGUGGGGAAACUUACUCUGGCCACUACUAAGAGGGGAGUAUGGGUCACUGCUGGCAUUUGAGAUUUUAAUGUUAGGCAUAUCGCUCUACUUCUUCACCAAGCACGUUCUUCAGUCUCGAGGGUUGUCAGGAACGUGGUCCACAAAGAACAUGGUCGUCUUACUAAGUUUAACCGUCUUGUCGAACCCAGAACUGCGGCCGUGUUUGCUUGCGCCGAGAAAUCGGGUCGCAUUCGACGUGUUCAACGCCGUUCUCUCAGGAGUCGUAGUUGGUUCUGCGGAGGGGUACAUCUUCUAUGGCGAGAAGAGUCGACGCUCAGCACGGACCCUGAAGGAAUGCGGCGCCAACCUUACGAAUUAUGUGAAGAAUUCCAGAAUGGCCUUCCUUGUUUCCGCUGUACGCGAAAUGAUCAGAGGGCCUCCCUGGGUGUCCUUUUUUCCCCGCUCCUUAGCGCUUCAAGCGUAUGCAGGAAUUGACUAUAUUUGUUCGAACCUUCUCCGUCGGCGUGUCCGAGCUGCACAAGGCAGUGUGACAAUCGGUGGAGAUAUUCAUGCAUGUUCGUAG